GAACAAGAUUCUAGCCAUCAAUGGGUUUGCACUACCGGUUCUCACUUACGGUUUUGGCGUCAUUCAUUGGGGGUGCACGGACCUGCAGCAGCUCGAUCGUCGGACCAGAAAGCUUCUCUCUAUGCACGGAGUCCACCAUCCUGCUGCAGACGUUGACCGACUGUACGCUCCUUGCAGUGAUGGGGGUAGGGGGUUACAACAGAUUGAGUCGACAUAUCAAUCUUGUAUUGUGAGGCUGAGCUGUUACCUUGCUGACAGUUCUGAUCCUUUCAUGCAGAUGAUACGGGAGUGUGACUCUGGAAAAUCUUCACACUCGAUCAAGCGCAUGGCUUGUCGGUUUACUGCACAGCUGCGGAGGAGUCUUGCUUUGGACGACAAGUCGCAGAACUUACACAGGAGUGCAUCCAUCUCGGUUGAAGGUGGCUUCGAGCAAGCGCCUAAAACAGAUGCGAGACAUUACCGUACGUGUUGCAGUUCUCUUCGUGUGCGGUCCUGGAGCGGGAAGCCUAUGCACGGACAGUAUCGUCGUCUCACUGAGCAACCGCCUGUGGACAUGAAAGAGACCUACGGAUGGCUAAAGGCAGCGAAUCUUCCUGCUGCAACUGAGGGACUGGUUGUUGCUGCUCAAGACCAAGCUCUUCGGACUCGGUACUAUGAGCGCAAGAUUCUACAUCGUGAUGUCAGUCCUACUUGCCGCAUGUGCAGUGUAGGCCUGGAGACAGUCGACCACAUUGUGGCAGGCUGUAGUGCUUUGGCACCGACGGACUACACUGAUCGACACAAUCAGGUGGCAUCCAUCAUUCACUGGGACGUUUGUCGCCAUUUUGGGGUUCCAGUGGAGAGCAGAUGGUACCGGCAUCAUCCUGAUAGGCUUGUGGAGACGGAUGACAUUACUAUGAUGUGGGAUACCACCAUCCCCACUGCCAGGAAGAUCAAAGCCAAUCGUCCAGACAUCUGUCUCAGAAAUAGGAAGACAAACACUUGUCUUCUUAUUGAUAUCAGCUGUCCUGCUGAUGGCAACAUUGGCAAGAAACAUGCUGAGAAGUUGGCGAAGUACAGCGACUUGCGAGUGGAGAUAAGCCGCAUGUGGCAUUGUCGAACACUGGUGGUUCCGGUGGUCUUGGGAGCUUUGGGCACAGUGCACGCAGGUAUUGCACGGUGGCUGGACAUUAUUCCAGGUCAUCACAACCUGCAGCACUUACAGAAAACAGUGCUUCUGGGAUCUACUCGGAUCCUUCGUAAAGUCAUGUCUUCUUUCUAGACAGCCGUGAUGGUCUAAGUACUUCUGAAGCAGGGUUUGCUUCUGGUACUUGUAAUAGACUUUACAAACCAGACUGAUCUGGUUGAGCAC